AUGGCUGAAUUUCAAUAUAAUGAAAUCAGUACAUGGGACAUUCUAAAUGGAAUAUCUAUUUCAAGUGAUUUUGAAUGUAUUUAUAGAAAAAAAAUUGAAAAUGGACGUAUUUUUCAGUCAUGUGAAAGUGUAUUACCAAUUUCAUUACAAGAAGCUUAUCAUCAUAUAGAAAAUUAUAUUGAAGGUGUAAAAUAUGAUGAUUAUAUAGAUAAAGUAGAGAUAUUAAAAGAUGGAACUUAUAAAAUAUAUCCAAUACAUGAAGAUGUAACAAAUAAUGGAGUAAUUAUAUGUACAAGAGAAGUAGUAAAUGAAAAAAAUAGGUGUUGGUCUAAGAAUGUUAAUACUGUAAAUGGAUUGUUUCAUAGCUUAACAGUUAUUGUAGAAAAAAAAUCAAAAAAAUCAGUGAAAAUUACUGCAGUUAUUAUUCAUUUAAUGACAUUGUAUUCAAAUUUUGAUAUAAAAUUUUAUUCUUGUAUAUCAUGGAGUAUUCACUGUUGUAUUAUGGCAUUUGAAAAAGCCAGUAGAUAUGAACAAAGAAAACAAUCAAUGAAAAGUAUUGAAGAUGAAUUUGAGAAGGCAUUGUAUAUAUCAACAAGAAUUUAUCCAUUUAUUGUUCAUCAAAAUAAAGUUAUUAGAGUUCUUCUUUCAGGAGAUAAAAAGAAAAUGGUUAUACAAAGCGAAAUGAGAAGUAGUAAAAGAGUUGAAACAUUACUCAAUGGAUAUACUAAGAAUAAAAAUUAUUUUGUUUCACAAGAACUUAUUAAACAACAAGAAUUUAAAAGUUAUUAUCAUAUUAAAUCAUUUAAUUCUCAAUUUGAUAUUGUUAGAAUGUACAGAUUCAAUUCUGAAGAAGGAAUUGCACUUUUAACAUCUGAACAUUGUCCUGAAUGUACAAAACAACAUACUUUAUUUAGAUUAUUACCAAGUGGAAAUAAAGUAUUUAGAGAAAAUAAUGAAACAAUCAUUCAAUCAGUAUACCAUAUUGAUCUUUCACUUUUUUCUUUGAAAGAUGAAAUAAAUUAUUAUAGUACAAGUCAUAAAGCAUUAUUUGUUAUUCUUUAUGGCCAUGCAUUAUAUCUUCUUUUACAUUUAAAUGCUUUUCCUUUUAAAUUGAUCCAAAGAAUUUCUUCAAAUAAUAAUUCGGUUACUGUUAUAUACAAAACAUUAGAACUUGUAAAGAGUUUUCAAAACUGCCCAUUAGAAGAAUCUCCUUUUAAUUUACUUAAAUUAGAUGUUCAAAUACAAUUAAAAGUAUGUAGCUUCUUACAACCAAAACAUCUUUUUUCUCUCAUGCAAACUAAUACUCAUUUUCGAACUUUAUUAAAAUCAAAUCAAGCAAAAGGAGUAUGGAAAAAAGUUUAUAAUAAAUAUCAGGAUGUAAAUUCUUUUGACAGAACGAUUAAAAAAGAAAAUUUUUAUGAACCUAACUGGUUUGAACUCAGUAAAAGAAGUUUCAAAAGAGAAGUUAAUUGGUUUAGAUUUGAUGUUUAUAAAUACCAAUGUAAUGUAAAAUGCAAUCCACAUUCUGUUAUUAUUAAAGAAGAUAAUGUUAUUGUUGGUGGAGAGAAUGGAAUAAUUAGAAUAUUAAACAAAGGAAAUAAAUACAAUAUUGAUUGGUCAUUUAUUGGAUCAGCUCCUUUAUGUGGAAUAAAUAGUGUAGAAGAAGGAGUUUUUGUAUUAUUUAAAAAUGGAAUAAUUAAUAAUAUUACUAAAGAAAAAGUAACAAGAGAUAAAAUAGGAUAUUAUGAAAGAACAUCUUUUUAUAAGAAUAAAGUUAUUGGAUGGGGAGAUUUAGUUGAGUGCUUUAGUAUUACUGAACCAUAUAACAAAACUAUUAUUAAAAUAUCUCCUAAUGAUAUAAAUCAAAUCAAAUUAAUAUCAGAUGAUAUUAUUUGUGUGGCAAGAAAAGAUGAAAUGAUUGGAUAUGAUAUUAGAUGUGUUCAAUUUCCUGCUUUUCAUCUUGAAGGGCAUCUAGGAAAUGUUACAGAUUUUGAUCAUUUUGAUGAAAACUAUAUUAUUAGUGGAAGUAAAGAUUGUUCAAUAAGAUUAUGGGAUAUUCGAAAUACCUCUAAGGUAAUUGAUAGACCAGCUCAUUUUUUCCCAGUGAAAGCUGUUAAUUGUUACAACAGAAAAGUAAUUUCAAUUUGUGAACAUGGUUACAUUACAAUCACACAGUGUGAUAGUGCUCAUUUAAAGAAUUGUAGUUUUGUUUCACGUGUGAAUGGAUUUUGUUGUAGCUCUUUUAAUGAUACAAGACUUGUUUGUGGAACAACAAAUAAUUCGGUUGUAAUUUUUGAAAAUAAAUAA